UUUGCCAAGUUGUCUCUUUUUUAAAAAGCUUUAAAGGCCCAGCACUUCUACAGUACACCCACAGGUGAUGUCACUUAUGUCAGCUAAUCAGACCUCCUCUCUGGUCUGCGCUGGUCUUUUAAAGGCUAUUUGCUUGACCCUAACUGUAAUGUACGGCUUUGUUGCACCUGUUAGGGUGGCUAACAUUACACCUCUAUCAUUCCAAUCAGUUGAAGGAAUCCAGUCACCUCAUGGACAUCUCAGUGUAAUUUUACCCCCCUUCAACCUGAGCAGAGGUCAGAUUGGCCAGAAUAACUGAAAACACCUGUGGUUGUGUGCAGGGCAGUUAAUUUCAGGUUUAAUUUUCAUACACACUAUUACUGACCUUAUUUCAAACAUGCAAGUGGAAAUAUCAAAAUGCAAUAGAAAUAUUGAAAUGACACUUGUGAUUGGUGUGUUUAUGUUAGCCAUUAUGUCAUUUAGGACAAAUUGCCGGAUAGUGUUUUUUUGUUUAUACUAAAGUAGCGAUUCAGUACUCCUUAACAAGCUCAAAUUUGUUACCUGAGUUUAUGUUCAUAAGUUUGCAUAACGGCAUCUUUCAGAAUGUUGUACUGUAUAAUAGGUUUAUUAUUACUGACACAUUUACAUAUAAGCAGCAUUUUAAUGUUGUAGCUGUUAGAGGGGGACAUUAUUUUAACUUUUUUGUUGUAGUGUUGAAUUGUGCCUACAGCCACACAUCAUAUCUUCUAAGUUAUUACUGUACGUUUUAUGUGUGUUAAGUCUUUGUCUGAAAAGUAACAAAGAACUAUUAAUAGUUAAAUACAUGCAGUCAAGUAAAAAAAAUGCAAUAUUUCACUGAUAGUAGAGUAGAAGUAUAAAGUGGCAUAAAAUGUAAACAGUAAAGUACAGUAUUGUGUAAAUGUACUCUUCGCUGUUAAUUAGUGGAUGCCUGUAACAUGUUUUAAACAUACUCCAGGUUACAGGCUCUUCUCCUUUAUAACAGAAGGUGGCGCCUGGUCGACUGUGAUAUAUUUGUCCGACUUGAACUGGGCCUUGAUAACUAAACAACGUUUAAGGAGACAGCAUUAGAAAUCCACCACCAGGGCUGUACGUAGGCUUUACAAACACAAUAAGCAAGUGCAUUGCUUAAAUUCAUUUCCACUGUAGUUGUUUGAGAGGGAGCCCUUGGGUGUCAGACUGGACAGGCGUGGCAGUGGGCUGGUCGAAGGCGCACUCGGCGAUGAAAAGCAUCAGGGUCUAUUGACUUGGCAUCAGCUGAGGCCCUGAAAUACUCUGACAAAGGAACCCUGCUGUCGCAACCCAACACUGACAGAUUUGUUGUAGUUAACCACAUCUGCUUGUUCUGAGGACGGCUUUGGGCGGUGGGUGUGCCGCACCCACACAGAGGAGACGGUCCUAAGGAUGCACUGAGCUCUGCACUUCCAUCGUCCAGUGCCCUGAGGAAUACAGCAUCCUUAAUGUGAGGUUCUCCUCACCCACCCCUGGUUGUAAGACACCCACUGCAAAACAGUAGAAAAUGAGCAAGUCCCCCACCCCUAAGGGCACCCCGGUGCAGCGCAGCCCCAGUGAUGGGGUCCCUGAGAGCCUCCAGUCUCCUCAGCAUUCAACCCCUGGCUCUGGACCCCAGCAUAAAAAACGCAUCUCCAGCCUCCUUCAGAGUCCGUCAUUCAGGGAGGAGUUGGAUGUGCUGAUCCAGGAACAGAUGAAAAAGGGCGGCAGCUCAUCCAACCUAUGGGCACUGAGACAGCUGGCUGACUUCAUGGCCUCACAUGGCUCUCCAGCCGCCCUACCAGUCUCCCCUUCCAAUAUGAUGAUGGUGACACCUAUCAACGACCUGCAUGGCUGGGAGCCAGGCAGCAUGGUGAAGGGGGAGAGGUUGAUGCGCUGCAAGCUGGCCAGCGUCCAUCGCCUGUUUGACCUCUAUGGCUGGGCUCAGAUCAGUCGCACCUGUCUUACUCUGCGUGUUAGCAAAGAACAGGAACACUUCCUGGUGCUACCAGACGGCCUGGCCUACAGCGAGGUGACUGGAUCCAGCCUGGUAAAGGUGAAUAUCCUGGGUGAAGUGGUGGAGAAGGGCAGUACCAACCUUGGUGUGGACACAGAGAAGUUCAGCCUGCACUCGGCCAUCUACUCAGCCCGGCCAGAUGUUCGCUGCCUGCUGCACCUCCAUACACCGGCCACAGCUGCGGUAUCAGCUAUGAAGUGCGGCCUCUUGCCACUGUCCCAUGAGGCCCUGCUGGUCGGUGAUGUGGCCUAUUAUGACUACAAUGGAGUCAUGGAGGAGGAGGAGGACAGAGUGGAGCUGCAGAAGAGUCUGGGGCCCACCUGUAAGGUACUGGUGCUGAGAAAUCAUGGCAUUGUGGCUCUGGGGGAGUCUGUGGAGGAGGCCUUCUACACCAUCUACCACAUCCAGGCUGCCUGCCAGAUCCAGGUGUCAGCAUUGUGUUGUGCUGGAGGUGAACAGAACCUGAUUCUGCUAGAUCGGACCACCCAUAAACCCAACCCAGCCGGCACCGUUGGCUGGGCUGGCUCCACCUUUGGGCCCCUGCACAAGAGCCGCAUCGGGGAGCAUGAGUUUGAAGCCCUCAUGAGAACUCUGGAUAACUUGGGUUACCGUACUGGCUACGCGUACCGUUUCCCUGUGCUGCUGGAGCGAUCGCGGACGCGGAGGGAGGUGGAGGUGCCUGCGACUGUCACAGCCUUCCACCAGUUUGACGACGACGGAGUCCACCCAGCUCUGAGGCAGCACCCUUUUGCCCAGCGCCAGCAGCAGGAGAGGACUCGAUGGCUCAACACCCCAAACACCUACCAAAAAGUCAGCCAGGAUGAGGCCAGCCCUGGACACGCACAGCGCACCACUUGGUUGAAGACAGAGGAGGUGACUCAAGCUGGCAGCACAUCCAUCAAGAUAGAGAACCCAAACCAGUUUGUGCCUCUUUUCACCAACCCUCAAGAGGUUAUUGAGACACGAAACAAGAUCCGACAGCAGAAUCGUCAGGACAUGAAGACAGCAGGACCGCAGUCUCAAGUCCUCGCCAGUGUCAUAACAGUUGACAGUCCUCCGUCUCCAGUCAGUGCACCUGAAGUCCCACCAGAGCCAGAGACUCCCAACCCCUUUAACCAGCUGACAGACCAGGAGCUGGAGGAGUACCGCAAGGAAGUACAGAGGAAACAGGAUGGAGGCACUGAUGAGGAGGAGGUGGCAAAUGACAAGGAGUCUUCCCCUGCUACCUCCCCUACAAAGGGCUCUCCGCCCAGCCAACCCCCUCCCACAGCAGAGGAGGCAAAGACUGACUCUCCAGCCAUACAGAACGGAGGUGAAGAGGAAAAACAGACCACAGAAGAACUGGAGAAAGGGAUGAAGGCUCUUUCAACCAAUGACACCUCCACUCCUGCUGCUCCACCGGCUAAACCACAGGGCGGCACCCCUGAAGGUUCACCCUCCAAGUCCCCAUCCAAGAAGAAAAAGAAGUUCAAGCCACCGUCGUUCCUGAAAAAGAGCAAGAAGCAGAAAGAGAAAGCAGAGACCUGAGGAGUUCAUACACACCAGACCUCGGUGAAAUAUUACUGUGAAAUAUUUCUUAGUGUACAAUGGAGUAGCAGAUGGGUGGAAUUAACUACAUAAGGUCUAUUAAAACACAGUCAGUUAAGAUGUCAUUCACAGACUCUGUGUACUAAAUUGACUUUCAAAUACUUUACUGUAAAACUGUUACUCAUUGAUUUGAUCUAUGUGGUGAUUCAUCUUAAGCUGGUUAAAAAACACUGAUAAUUACUUUCACAUACUAUUUGACCCAGGUCAGAUACAACCCAACCCAUUUUGACACACUACUUCUAAUCACCCUGUCACACACACACACACACACACGCACAGUCCUUGCAUUUUUAAUGUCUUAUUUUCACCUUCCGUGCUAUCAAACCAUUACUUAGCUUCACUGUAUAGCCGUUCUAAGAUGCUCCUUUUUCAAACUAGGAUUACUAGUGUAAUCCUAUGUACAUGCCACUCAGAAUUUGUUUCAUACCUUUUUUUUAAAUCCACAACUUUUCAAGACACGAUGGAAAUUUAAAUCCCCAUGAAUUAUGCACCCCUAAUCCAUGUAUAGGCACUUAGACAUUAUGUAUAUUGACAUUCUAGCACGUUACAUUUGUUCAUCAUCAUAGGCAUCCUCUAGUCAUGAUUUAGUUAUAAUUAUCAGAUAGAUGUUGCAGGUAUACUAUGUGAGCACAGGUGCAGUACAUGUAGAAAUAUACUGAUAGCUGCUGAUUGUGCUCUUUUGAAUGCUGGUUUUGUGUAAAACUAUCAUUAUUACAGCAGGGACAAAAGAGGAAAAAGAAAGUGAUACUGGCUCACAACAAAACACAGGCCGCUACAAAUGCCAUUAUUACCCAAAAAAAAGGAUGUGAAGCAUAAAGAAUCUGUUGCUUGUCAAUGCAGUUUGAAA